AUGAAUACUAUCAAUGAUGAUGGUGGUGGUAGUGGUGAUUAUUAUGGUGGCAAUGAUAAUGAUACUAAGAAUGAUGAUAUUAGAGAUAAUGAUGGGCAUAUACAUCGUUCUCGAGAGAUAUUGGCCCCUCCAGAGCAUCAUGGGAGAAAGUGUCCUCAUUUGACUGAACAUGCCCCAUGUAACAUUCAGCUUUGUUUUAGAUGGGUAGCAGAGGAAGCAACCUGUCAACCAAGUGAUGCACAAACUAUGUGUGGAGAUGGUGUCAUGACCAGAAAUAUCUACUGUAUCAACUCACAAGAAAUUCCAAUUGAAGAUGAGCUUAUGUGUGAGGCCCUCAGUAACAAACCUUCAGCAGAGAUCAGCUGUGAGGCCCCAUGUUCAUCGGAUUGUGUGUUAGGUGAAUGGGGACCAUGGAGUGAAUGUUCUCAAUCAUGUGAAUCAGAGACAGGUAGACCAGGUGGUGUCCAGGAACGUUACAGAGUCAUCUUGGCACAGCCUGGACCUGGUGGAGCUGAAUGUCCUGAUGUGGAAAGUAGUGAAAUGAAAGAAUCCAGAGUUUGUAACCAUCAUAGUUGUACCCUGUUUGGUUGGCUUACUACGGAAUGGGGAGAAUGCUUACCAAGUUCAGAGAAUACAGAUCAAACUACUACACCAGAUGAGUAUGGGAGCUGUGGAACAGGUACUCAAACAAGAAAUGUUAGUUGCAGUCGGGUCAGUCCAGCUAAGAUUGCACCAGAUAAAAGGUGUUAUGCACCAGUGCGUCCUCCUGCUUCUCGGUCAUGUGAGGUAGAAUGUACUUUAAAUUGUAUUGUAUCAGAGUUUGGAGACUGGACACCCUGUCCCACAACUUGCUCUACAGAUGGAUCCCUUGCCACGCAAGAGAGAAGACGUUACGUCUUGCAACAACCACAAAACGGAGGCGAGGAAUGUCCCACUUUACUUCGUGAAGAAAGAACAUGCAACAAGCCAGACUCCUGCUAUUCCUACACCUGGUUAGUUGGCACGUGGAGUGAGUGUCGGUUGACUGGGAUAGAUGUCAUUAGUAUAGAUGGAAUUCAGGAGCAAUGCGGAGAUGGACUCAAAACCAGAGGUAUCCAAUGUGAGCGUAGUGAUGGUAGUAUCAUGGAAAGUGACCUAUGUCUACAGUAUGGACCACCGAUGCCAUUAUCAUCUCAACCUUGUAGAGUAGCAUGUGCAGAUGAUUGUCGUAUGACGGAUUGGUCUCCAUGGACCAACUGCCAUUCUCAGUGUACAGGAUCACAGAUUAGAAGACGUAGAGCAAUGGGUCGUAGUCAGCGUCAGCCAGAAUGCCUGAACACUGAGAUCUACCCUCGGACAGAGUCACGCCCCUGCAAGUGCCCCUCCUAUCGUCUUGUCCCUAAAGGGAAAUGGUCUGAUUGUCUUCUUGGUGGACCUCAGUUUGAGGUACAAGGAAUGAGAAGCAAUGAUGAACAGCUAGAAUGUGGAAAUGGUAUCAAAUAUCGACCCUUAGUAUGUCUGGAUCAAGAUGAUAGAUAUGUGGAUGUCACACAUUGUGGAACUGAAAAUGAUUUCAUGGAAGAACACUGCGCUGUCCCCUGUCCCGUAGACUGUGAGCUUAGUGAUUGGUCAGAUUGGAGAUCAUGUAAGCAAAGUGGUAUAGGUGUGACCACUAGAUGGCAGCAGAUAGUAACACCAGCUUUAAAUGGAGGUAGACCAUGUCCGGAACAUAAUAACAACUGGAUUGAUGAAUCGAAGAAAUGCCGUGUGGGUAUUGGAAGAUUAGAUGCAUCAUGGCAGGCAGGGGAUUGGCAGGGCUGUGUUGUUAGUAAGGUCAUCAGUACGAAUGAUGGAAAGGAUUGCGGUCAUGGUGUCAAGAGAAGAGGUGUUUCCUGUGUAAUUCCUGUAGACCAUGGUUUCCGAGCACAAGUUACUAAUCUAUCAGAGUGUGAUGCUAGUAGAAAACCUGUACUGGUAGACGCUUGUAUUGAACAUUGUCCGGGACAAUGUGUGGUUAGCAGCUGGACUGAAUGGACUACAUGCCCACAGGACUGUCCACAAGACACCUUCCGUACCCGCAACCGUCUCAUCCUUCGUAAUCCGAUUGACACUACUGACGAAGAUGGUCCUCUAAGCUGCCCUCACUUGAUAGAAAGAGAACAGUGUAUGCCAGGGAUCAACUGCUUUACCUACAUCUGGAACUCAACAGAAUGGAGCCCAUGUCAACUAGAGAAGGGCAAGAUCUGUGGAGAAGGGAUUCAGGAUAGGCUCCUGCAAUGUCUGCGAAGCGAUGGACGCAUUGUUGAGGUCUCAAAAUGUGAAGAGUUUUCUACAUCUAUGCCUCUGACUACAUCUCAGUCAUGUGAAGUAGCAUGUCCAGUAGAUUGUACACUAACACAGUGGACUGAAUGGUCAGAAUGCUCUAAAACAUGUGGCAAUGAUGCUGUAAGGAUGAGACAUCGUAGUAUUCUACAGGAGCCCAACCAGAAAGGACGACCAUGUCCAUCUUCUUUAACUCAAGAUAAACCAUGUAAAGCAGUACCAUGUUAUGAUUGGGCUAUUACACAAUGGAAUGAUUGUACAACACUGAUUGGUGAAUGUGGUGCUGGCGUAAGAAAGAGGAAUGUGACAUGUCGUCAGCCUAGUGGGUUAGCCGUUCCAGAUAGCUUCUGUCUUUUCACAAGGAGCACAGACAUCUAUGAUAAGAAUACAAACAUCACAUCACAUGGACAUGAAUUCUUAGAGAGAGAACAUUUUUGUGAAGUACCUUGCCCUGGUGAAUGUCAUCAUACUGCAUGGAGUCAAUGGAGUGUAUGUCAUAGAACAUGUGUACAAGGUAGACCUAUAGGUUCUGAAGGUAUCCAGGUGAGAUCUCGAGCCAGUCUAACCACUGAUAGAGUAUGCCCUGGAGAUGAUUGGGAAACAAGAACAUGCUCAGGUGAGCGAUGUUAUUUGUUUGAAUGGUUUGUUGGUGAUUGGGAGAGAGAUCAACGAGAUGUCUGGUGUCGAAGGUCAGAUGGACUCAAUGUCACAGGUGCCUGUACCCUUGAUAAACCAUCCAGUAGAUCCAUAUGUAAUCCUGAAUGUUACAUUGAAUCUUCAUACUGUACAGAAGAUAAUAGAUGUGUGUGUGACUUGGGUUACAAAGCUAUUUACAGCAUGAGUAGUGGUCAGCUUGAGGCAUGUCUCCAUGUAGGUUACAUGUCUCCUAUGGUCCACACAGAGUCUGACCCAUCACUAUCUCCUGGACCAUCUGGUAGACCAGGUACUGCUGGAGAACUCACCAAUUCUGGUGAUUCUGGAAUUGGUACUGGUAACUCUGUGAAUACUGGAUUGAAUAACAAUGCACAAGCAGGUAAAGGUCAGAACAACCCUACUGAAACACCAAAACCACCUCAACAACAAUCAUUUCUAGCUGCGCUCCCUCCUUGGGUGUAUGCUAUAGCAGCAGUAGUCGUCCUUCUCAUAGUGAUUGUAGCUGUAGUACUCUGCUGUGCCAAGUGUGCACCGAAGAAGAGAGAGGAGGAGAAAAAGCCUGAACCAGAUUACUCCAUGUACUGGGAUGAAACUGUUCAGAAGAAAUACACAGGAGAGAUUGAAUUAUGACUAGAUGUUAACAAACAGAAUACAGAGAUUGAAAAGGGUCAAGCUGCGGUGGUUAAUCGUCGUAGUGUGGCUGCAUGUACAGCGCCAUCAACAGGUCAAACCAGGGAGAGGAAAGAUGUAGAGAAAGAGCUAGCCAGGAGAAGUGAUGGCUUUGCGUUAGGGAAUCAAUCAACAUAUGUCAGCUAUAGGUUCUCAAGAGAUGGAACUGAAGUUGGAUCUCAAUGUUGAUCAAAGAAAAGAGAUUAUGAUUACAAAAAACAAACUUUUUGACCAAAACUUCUUCAUGCUGCGUUGUUUGAUUUUUCUUGAUACAAAGAGAUGUAUGCGAUCCUUGGAAGACUUGAAAGUAGAGAAACUUAUCAUGAAUGGAAAAGACAAAAUCGCCCUCAUUGAGUAAUUGAUUCUGUUUGAAAUGGUGGCUAUCAUUGUUUCAACUUGAUCCUGGAUCCUUUAUCAUCAGCUCCAUCACAAGUAAACUGGUUUGCUUUUUAAGCCUCCAUAAAAUUGUUGCUGGGAUUGAAUACCUCUGUCUCUACGCUUGAUACUAUGCUUUUACUCACACUACAAUCAUGUUCAUUAGCUGACAGAAAGGAAUUCUGUACAGGGCAUAUAUGAGAGAACACCAUGUUGUCAUAGCUCUGGACCUCCUAAUAUAUUUCUAACAGAAGAAAAAUGGAAGGGGUGAACAAUUAUAUUGUGAUUUCACAGUAAGUAUUUAAAGAUAAGCAAUUAAUUGUCAAGGCUGGUCAACUUGUACAGGUGAUAUUGUACAAUUUAACAGGACAUCAAAGCAAGAUCGAGAUGGACCCCUUUGCAUAAAAGUUAUUUAUUAUGAUAACUUUGCAAUCCAAUGGUAUUACCAUCCAAUCCUUGAUUUUGAUUUUCUGUUGAGCAUUGUUACCAUGGUAGUUACAAACUGGAUGAUAGAGUUACCACAAUGGUAACGUUCAUGCAAAAGAGCCCAGCUAUGCAUCAUAUAGAACUGAUAAAAUGUAAUGAGGAUGAAAUAAUGUUGGAUCUGAGUGAUGUGCAAAGAAAUGAUGAACUGUGAUGAAAAGAUGGUAUUAGUAAGUUAAUGGUGAUUGUAUAUUUUAUGAGAAAGCUUCUAUCCUUGUAUUCUGUUUGUUAGACCUCAGUUGGUCAAAGGAUGAAUGUGAAAUUAUGCGCUGAAUAAAUAAAGAAAAUAUGGCUGUGUUGAUUUGAAUAUUGGACAAAUAUAUGAUUAUUUUCAUGUGAAGAAGUUAUGAUAAAAGGAUAAGUAAUAAGCAAUGAUGAUAGUAAUUUGGAUGAAAAUCCUGAUAUUUGAUAUCAAUUUUACAUGAUUGAACAAUUGUGUGAUAUCGGUUAUCACAGUUGAAUGAGAAUUUUGAAAAUGAUAUUAUGAUUUGUAAAGUUGAUGACUGAACAUUAUUUGAACAAAAGGUAUUUGAAGAAGAUUGACCUUUGCCUUGAACUUGAAUGGAAAGCACAAUCUGGGUAGUAUGAAAGGACUUGUCAGACAGUUACCAUAGUAACAGUCAGACACCUGAGCUUUUCAGCCAAUCAAAAUUAGUAAUCUGCCAGAUGACUAAUAUUGAUGAAACACUCUCAACCUGACGAUGGUUUUAAUGAAUACAAGAAAAUUAAAGAAACAUAAUGGUGAUGACCAUCUAAAAUCUAUCAAAGAGUUGUGGAUUUAUUAAGUUAUGAUUUUGUGAUGUCAUAUAUGCAGCUCCCCAUACGUGAUAUCAAUUCCAUUAAAUGUUAUUUUCUCAGAAAAUUUGAAGUUUUUCUUCCAUAAAUUCAAUACAUCAUUACAUUGUAUGAGAUUUCGGUGAAAAAAAAUCAGUCAUGAACUAUUAGAAAAUGAGAAUUCAUGGAAUUUAUAUACAUGACAUGCUGGGCAGCUGCUAGUAUAUGACAUCAUGAAAAUCAACACAUUCAUUGAUGUGUUGUUCUUUACAUCAACUCUUCAUUUUGGCGUUUCUCUCCUAUGUUUUUAUUAGACAAACUUGAUGUAAGGGUAGGUUUCCCCUUUAAAAGAUAAGAUACUUCAUUGGUGCUAAACAAAGAUAGACCAUAGUCUGAUGAUAUUUAUUCUUAUUUUUGUUCAUUAAUAUGUAAGAUAGAAUUAUAUUAAAAACAGAAUUGCAUUAAAGAUAUCGAACAAGGGAAUUUACCCAUCGAAAAAAUACGAAGUCAAUUGAUAGCAAAAUGCCAAUUAAUUUCCAUCCAAACCUAGAAUUAUAUUUCAUUUCAAUAUGUACUAAUAUUUGGCAAUAUGGAGCAAAUUUGUAGCAAUACAUGUACAUUCAUGGAGAGAACUGUCAAAUGAAACAGAAAGGAAAGGCUCAAAAGAAGGCCCUGACAUCGCAAGAAUAUUCUUUUAUUCUAUGCAAUUUUCAGAGAAAAAAACAAACAGAAGAAAAUAUGUGCUUUCAGUCUGAUAUGGCAGAUAUUUUUACUGUUACCUUUAAAACAUUUUUCCACUUUUGCGCUGCUUAAAACAAUGCAUCAGUAUAACUUCCCCUUCACCCUCAUAUAUUCUAACCAUAUAACACCUUGUUAUUUAAGUCAUUUGUCCGUUUCUUUUAACACUUCUCUAUUUCAGUCAAGAUCAAUAAAUAUGCAGACUGUCCGAAUGGUCAAGUCAUGUUUUAUAUUAAUUUGCAUAUCUGCAAAUAUUGCUUUAGAAAUUAUGCCAGGAAAAAGCAAGCUCUUAUGUGAGGUGCAUUAAUAGAAUAGAAAAUGGAUUGUACAAAUUUUUUGUAAAUUAUCUCAGUGUAUAUUAUGAAGUGGAUAGAAUGUUUGUUUUAAGGAUUUCCAUACAUUUAACAUAAAAUUUUUUAAAAUGUGUGACAUUUCAUUUAACAUGUGAUUAAUAUUUAAUCAGAAUAAUUGAUAAAAAAGGACUGUAUAUACAUUAUUAUGAAUGUCUGACAAGGAGAAUGUCUUUCUUUUAAAUGAACUAAUUUCUUUGGUCUGAAAUGGUUUAUCAUAAUGAAAGGGGAGGAGUUAUUUUACAUUUUAAUAUCAGUGAGCUCAAACAAAAAGUAUAGUUGAUUAAAAUCUUUUUAAAAAUAUCAUUAUGAUUACAUGAGAUUUGCAUGGAAUGGCUGGUAUUUGACUCCAGAUUUUAACCCACAUUUAUAACUAAAUAAAGUCAGUUAGCCAGAGCUUGUGAUCAAACUUUUAUUUCCAAAAUUUCUUUCAGCAAUAUUUGUAGUUCUUUGACUGUAAUGUGAAAAAGAAGUAUUUUUGUGACAUAUAAUGUAUUUCCCAUUUCCAUACAUAUUUAUUCUACUUUAAUGUUGUAGCUUAUCAUGUGUACCUAUAACAAGCUAAUACUUGUGUAUUGAUCAUCUUUUUUAUAAACAAAGAUAUAUAUCAAUUCAUUCAAAAAUUUAUAUAUAUAUAUAUACAUGUGUGAACCUCCCCUCUCCAGUAUAUAUUUAUAGGCAUGUAAAAUUAGCUUUUCUUUCAAAUGCAAUUUUAGAUUUAAAAAAAAAACAUAUAGUUUCACAAUUAUAGAUGAGAAUAUUGAAUAAAUGUAAAAAUCCCACCUGUAUUUUCUUUUUCCCCAUCCCAUCAACCAUCAAAUAUCUUUUUGUUUUCAUGUUGGAUGUCUUGCCUUCUCUGUGUAAGUAAUGUUAAUCUGACUAUAAAUAUUCAUCCAUCAUCUUUCAAUGUGUCAUGUAAUUAUUGUAAAUAUUGUUUAUUUUACUAAAUUAUUGAAAAUGAUAUUCCCUGUUGUGGAUGUGAAUUCGCCAAUGUAUUUUCUAUGAAUGUGAUGAAAAAAGCUUUUGGUUUUUUUUUCUUCCAAGUUCAUGUUCUGAAAAUGAAAGGAAAUUAUUAUGUUUGAAUGGUGUAAUGUUUUAAUAUGGAGCUGUGUAGUCUUUUUAAUAUGAGUGUCAAACUUUCUUUUCUUUUCGGAAUAAAGAACAAUCAAAUUAUC